AUGACUCGAGCCCAGCUUUUCGACAACCAGCAAGCGUCCCACGACCCAGAAGACAACUCUCCUGUCUUCGAUAGUCCUCCCAAUGCACAGUACGCAACGCACAAGGAGUGCUACGCCAACAACCUAGGAUACGCAUGGCGCUACUCGGACAAGCACAGUCAUGGAGCCGAGGCGCACUGGCACGACCACCGCCAUGACGGCUCGUACAGGCUAGAGGGUCGCCACAUUCAGCAGGGCGACCAUCUCUACUCGGAAGAGAACGAAUACACGCACCGCGCUGCGCGUGGAGCGGCGCUCGAUCCCUCGACAGGAGAAAAGCCCAUGGUUCUUCCCGAUGGCCACCUCAACUACCCGGCCAAGCACCGCUUCUUGUUCUUGCGUUGA